ACAAGGUGCCCCACGGGUUAGACACCGUCGCUGCUCGCUGCCCGUGCCAAACGAUUGAGGGUGGCAGCUACUUGACAUAGACGUCAAUACAGUUCCAGAAGAACUUCGUCAUCGAUGCUUGAUGCAGAUACUUCCUCCCAAAGCGGCCCACAGUGGGAGCAUGGACGUGGUAGAACUCCGGAACGACGCGGUUGAAGUGAACUUAGUAAGUUUGUUUGGAGGCUCCGUCAUCGUCAUUGAAAUUUAUUCCGAGUUUAAAGUAUCGGCUUCAUAUUUAUCUAGGAGAAUGAUUGCGUGUGCGUUGCAAAUAUUUUGCACGACUCUAAGACUGUCGUGCUCGCAUCGUAUGUCCUCGCUUUGUAGGUCCACGUUUUGACCUGUGUGUUGAUAUA